AACGCGGAGUGCGUUUUUGCGCACGGCCGCAUGGUGGCAACCUGCGCUGCGCUGCCCUGCACAUCAGAUCCAAACGUUUCCUCAUAAAGAACCCGGGACUCGUCCUUAUCCGACGCACACACCGGCAAGCCGGGCUCUCUCUCUCUCUCUCUCUCUCUUCCACGGCAGGCUCCGACCAUGACAGUGUGACUACUCUCCUCCACUGGCUUCAUUCUCUGCCCUUACGAGCUGCCGAACUUCCUCUCUCAGUGCUCUCCUGUCAAACUGAAUUGGCGACCUUGACAGUGCGCUGUGGGGGAGGGAUUCCAGCAAAAAAGUCUGUCCGCUGCUUUGGAGAAAAGAAACAAAAAAAACUGUGAAGCACUCGGUGGCGGACAACCGAGGGUGAAGUUUUAAGUAAGAGGUGGAGAAAAAGGGAAGGAGACAGCAUCACCAGGAGAAGUGUCGAUGAAAAAGUACCGAGGCGCAGCUUCUUACAGGUGCAACGAGAAAUGGACUGUAUGUGGAUUUAACCUGGAUUCAUCUGAUUGAGUUCCAGUACUUGAAAGAAACCAACUCAAACCGCUUCGGCACUCGGGACUAGGGGGAAAUAUCACACUGGGUCUGUGGAACUGGAGCACAAUUUGAACUGUGACACAAAUAUAGGCUCUGUUUGACCGAAUUUUUCUCCGGUCUCGACAGGCUGCAGCACCACCACCACCACCAGCAGCAGCAGCUCGGUUUUGCGCUCCCAGAUCGGUGCGCUCAGACAGACAAGAGACCCCCCGGCGGCGGCAGCAGCAGCAGGCGGACAGAACAGCAGAACAACACCGGGACUCGGGACUCAGUAGCACGGGCACUUGUUGUCCACUCUACCCGAUUUGGGACCAUGUUGGAGGACUCCUGGAACAGAUCGAUGUGGCGCGCCACAUGGAUUUUAUUUUUUUCCUUACUCAUCCACUCCACACAAGCUCAAGAUGAUGUGCCUCCCUACUUCAAGACGGAGCCGGUGCGUAGUCAGCUCCAUCUGGAACGCAACAGGCUGGUGCUGACCUGUAUGGCCGAGGGAAGCUGGCCACUGGAGUUCAAAUGGAUCCACAACAGCACCGAGCUGACUCGCUUCUCUCUGGAGUACAGGUACCUAAUCCCUUCGUUGGAUCGCUCCCAUGCUGGCUUCUACCGCUGCAUCGUGAGAAAUCGGGUGGGGGCCCUUCUGCAGAGGCGCACUGAAGUACAGGUGGCCUUUAUGGGCAGUUUUGAGGAAGGUGAACGCGCUCAGUCGGUCUCUCAGGGAGAGGGCGCCGUUAUCCCGGCGCCGCGCAUUCGCAGCUUCCCCCAACCGCAAGUUACCUGGUUCAGGGACGGGCGCAAAAUCCCACCCAGCAGUCGCAUCGCCAUCACUCUGGACAACACCCUGGUCAUCUUGUCCACGGUGGCGCCGGAUGCCGGCAGCUACUACGUCCAAGCGGUGAACGACAAGAACGGAGAGAACAAGACGAGCCAGCCCAUCACCUUGUCAGUAGAGAAUGUUGGAGGUCCAGCAGACCCCAUCGCUCCCACCAUCAUCAUCCCUCCCAGGAACACUAGCGUGGUUACGGGGACCUCGGAGGUCACGAUGGAGUGCGUGGCCAACGCCAGGCCUCUCAUCAAGCUGGGCAUCACGUGGCGUAAGAACGGCAUGUUGGUGAACAGCGGUCUGAGCGACUUCAACCGCAGGCUGACCAUCCUCAGCCCGUUGGUGAGCGACGCCGGAUACUACGAGUGCGAGGCCGUUCUCCGCAGCAGCAGCGUGCCCUCGGUCAGCGCCGGGGCUUAUCUGCACGUACUGGAACCGCCGCAGUUUAUUAAGGAGCCGGAGAAGCACAUCACGGCUGAGAUGGAGAAGGUGGUGGACAUACCGUGCCAGGCACGAGGAGUCCCCCAGCCCGACAUCGUGUGGUACAAGGAUGCUCUGCCCAUCGACCCAGUGAAGACGCCCAGGUACAGGGUGCUGGUGGGAGGCAGCCUGCAGGUCAACGGCCUCCUGCCCGACGACACCGGGAUGUUCCAGUGCUUUGCCAGAAAUUCUGCAGGAGAGGUUCAGACCAACACGUACCUGGCUGUUACCAGCAUUGCCCCGAAUAUCACAGCCGGACCCUCAGAGAGCACCGUGAUCGACGGCAUGUCAGUCAUCCUGCACUGCGAGACCUCCGGAGCUCCAAGACCGGCUAUCACCUGGCAGAAAGGUGAGCGCGUGCUGGCCAGCGGUUCGGUCCAGCUUCCCAGGUUCACCUUGCUCGAGUCGGGCAGCCUGCUCAUCUCCCCCUCGCACAUCUCAGACGCCGGGACCUACACGUGCAUGGCGAGCAACUCCAGGGGCAUCGAUGAGGCGUCCGCUGACCUUGUGGUGUGGGCUCGCACCCGGAUCACCACCCCCCCACAGGACCAGAGCGUUAUCAAAGGAACCAAAGCCAUUAUGACCUGCGGAGUCACACACGACCCCAGUGUAACAGUCAGGCACAUCUGGGAAAAAGAAGGCUCCGUGAUCAACGUCCAGUCCAUCCCCCGCAUGCGUCUGGACCCGGACGGCACCCUCCACAUCUCCCAAACCUGGUCGGGUGACAUAGGCACGUACACGUGCCGGGUCACCUCCGUCGGCGGCAACGAUUCUCGCAGCGCCCACCUCCGUGUCAGGCAGCUGCCCCAUGCCCCCGAGAACCCUACAGCGGUGUUGAGCACAUCUGAGAAAAGAGCCAUCGACCUGGCCUGGGCCAAACCCUUUGAUGGGAAUAGUCCCCUUAUACGAUACAUCCUGGAGGUUUCCGAGAACAAUGCUCCCUGGGCCAUCCUGCAGGCCAAUAUUGAGCCGGUGUCCACAGCAGUGACGGUCAAUGGCUUGAUCCCGGCGCGCUCCUAUCAGUUCCGCCUCUGUGCCGUUAAUGAUGUGGGGAAGGGGCAAUUCAGCAAAGAGACAGACCGUGUCUCUCUCCCAGAGGAGCCCCCAAGUGCUCCACCCCAGAACGUCAUUGCCAGCGGCCGGACUAACCAGUCCAUCAUGAUCCAGUGGCAGCCUCCUCCAGAAAGCCACCAGAACGGCAUCCUCAGGGGCUACACCAUCCGGUACCGUCUGACCGGGCUGCCUGUGGACUACCAGAUUAAGAACAUUUCCAGCCCGGAUGUGACCAACCUGCUGCUGGAGGACCUCAUCAUCUGGACUAACUAUGAGAUCGAGGUGGCCGCCUAUAACGGGGCAGGUUUGGGCACUUUCAGCCAUAAAGUCACCGAGUGGACCCUGCAGGGAGUGCCCACCAUCGCCCCCAGGAGCGUGCAGGCCGAGCCGGUCAACUCGACGACUAUCCGUUUCACGUGGACAGCCCCCAACCCUCAGUUCAUCAACGGCAUCAACCAGGGCUACAAGUUGCUGGCUUGGGAGCCUAGCAGAGACGAAGAGGUUUCCAUGGUAACGGUGCGACCCAACUUCCAGGACAGCGUCCAUGUGGGAUAUGUGACAGGUCUGAAGAAGUUCACGGAGUAUUACACCUCGGUGCUGUGUUUCACUACACCUGGAGACGGACCCCGCAGCCCGCCCAAAGCAUUAAGGACACAUGAGGACACCCCCGGUGCUGUGGGCCACCUGAGUUUCACUGAGAUCCUGGACACCUCACUCAAAGUCAGCUGGAGUGAGCCGGGCGAGAAGAAUGGAGUUCUCACAGGUUACCGGAUUUCGUGGGAGGAGUACAAUCGGACGAACACCCGAGUUACACACUACCUGCCGAAUGUCACCUUAGAGUACAGGGUCACCGGACUCACCGCGCUCACCACCUACACCAUUGAAGUGGCGGGGAUGACCUCUAAAGGUCAGGGCCAGCUGUCCUCCUCCACCAUCUCAUCCGGCGUCCCACCAGAACUUCCCGGUCCUCCUACCAACAUGGCCAUUUCCAACAUCGGCCCACGCUCUGUCACCCUGCAGUUCAAACCCGGCUAUGAUGGCAAAACAUCCAUUUCCCGUUGGCAGGUGGAGGCCCAGGUGGGUGUGGUAGGAGAAAAUGAGGACUGGGUGAUGGUCCACCAGGUGUCCAACGAACCUGAAGCCCGCUCCUUAGAGGUGCCAGGUCUCAACCCAUACACCUUCUACAGGUUCCGCAUGCGUCAGGUGAACAUAGUGGGUACCAGUCCUCCCAGCCAGCCCUCCAGGAAGAUCCAGACCCUGCCGGCUCCUCCAGACAUGGCCCCCGCCAACGUCACCCUGCGCACCGCUAGUGAGACCAGCCUCUGGUUACGAUGGAUGCCUUUGCCUGAAUGGGAAUAUAACGGGAACGCAGAGCAGGUGGGCUACAGGGUUCAGUACUCCCGCGCAGGCUCACAGGGCCGGGCGCUGAUCCACAUCAUCACCGACCGUCUGGAGAGAGAGUUUACCAUCGAGGACUUGGAAGAGUGGACGGAGUACGAGGUCAGGGUGCAAGCUGUGAACGGCAUCGGGACGGGGCCCUUGAGCCAGCCCGUCAGAGGCAGGACGAGGGAGUCUGUCCCCUCCUGUGGACCCACCAAUGUGUCUGCCUUCGCUACCACCUCUAGCAGCAUCCUGGUGCGCUGGUCAGAAGUUCCCGAGCCGGACAGAAACGGUCUCAUUCUGGGCUACAAGGUGGUUCACAAAGAGAAGGACUCUGACAGUGCGGUCCACUUCUGGAUGGUCGAGGGUAACGCGACCCGCAGCGUCCAGCUGACCGGUCUGGGCAAAUACGUGCUCUACGAGAUCCAGGUUCUGGCUUUCACACGGAUCGGAGAUGGACGACCCAGUUCGCCACCCAUCCUGGAGAGGACUUUGGAUGAUGUGCCAGGACCUCCAGUUGGCAUCCUGUUCCCUGAAGUGCGAACCACCUCAGUCCGGCUUAUUUGGCAGUCCCCCUCGCAGCCUAAUGGCAUCAUACUUGCCUACCAGAUCACAUACCACCUCAACUCCACCAACAGCAACGCGGCCACGGUGGACGUGCUGAACCCGAGCGCUCGCCAGUACAUGGUGACCGGCCUCAAGCCGGAGUCGGUCUACGUGUUCCGCAUCACGGCGCAGACGAGGAAGGGUUGGGGCGAGGCCGCCGAGGCUCUGGUGGUCACCACGGAGAAAAGAGCUCGUCCUCAGCCCACCAGCCGUCCAACGGUCCCUCAGAAAGACGUCCAGGCCCGCCAGGUUCUGCUGUCGUGGGAGCCAGGCAGCGACGGGCUGUCCCCCGUGCGUUACUACACGGUGCAGCUCAGAGAGCUUCCUGAGAGCAACUGGACAGUCCACUCUGCCUCCGUCAACCACGAGGCCUCCUCCUAUAUAGUGUCAAGGCUGAAGCCCUUCACAUCCUACCAGUUCAGAGUAAAAGCCACCAAUGACAUCGGGGACAGCGAGUACAGCGAGGAAAGCGAAGCCAUCACGACCCUGCAGGACGCGCCCGACGAAGCGCCCAGGAUUCUGUCCGUCACGCCGCACACGACGACGUCGGUGCUGAUCCGCUGGAAGCCCCCCUCUGAGGAGAAGAUCAAUGGCAUCCUACUGGGCUUUCGGAUUCGAUAUCGGGAGCUGCUGUAUGAUCGUCUCCGCAGUUACUCCGUUCACGCCAUCAACAGCGCGUCCACCUGGGCCGAGCUGAACGCCCCCUACAGCAUGCGAAAUCUGAGCGAUCCGACUCUGAUCCAGUACGAGUUGGACAAGCUGAGUAAACACAAGCGCUAUGAGAUACGCAUGAGCGUGUACAACGCCGUGGGCGAGGGGCCAACCAGCCCGCCGCAGGAGGUGUUUGUGGGAGAAGCAGUGCCGACAGCCCCGCCCCAGAAUGUGGCCAUUCAGUCCGCGACGGCCACCCAGCUGGACGUAACGUGGGACCCUCCUCCCGUGGAUGCACAGAAUGGAGACAUCCAAGGCUACAAGGUUUACUUUUGGGAGUUCCAGCGAAAGAACGAGACGGAGCGACUGCGCACUCUGUUCAUGCCCGAAGGAGGGGUGAAGCUGAAGAACCUGACUGGUUACACCACCUAUAUGAUCAGCGUAGCCCCCUUCAACGCGGCCGGGGACGGGCCGCGCAGCCCCCCGACGAGGGGGCGCACCCAGCAAGCAGCUCCCAGUGCUCCCAGCUUCAUCCACUUCAGCGAGCUGACCACCACCUCUGUCAACGUGUCCUGGGGCGAUCCCACCUUCCCUAAUGGCAUAAUCGAGGGCUACCGUCUGGUCUACGAACCCUGCACGCCUGUAGAUGAGUCCUCAGUGGCCUGUGCCGACUGUCUUCACUCCCCCUCCCCCCCAGGCGUCAGUAAGACAGUGACGGUGGAUGUGAAGGGGAGCGGCCCCCUCUGGCUGAAGCUCAAAGACCUGGCCGACGGCAUCACGUACAACUUCCGCAUCCGGGCCAAGACCUUCAUCUACGGCCCUGAGGUGGAGGCCAACAUCACCACCGGCCCAGGAGAAGGAGCUCCAGGACCACCCGGAGAGCCCUUUAUCACACGCUACGGUUCGGCCCUGACCAUCCACUGGACCAGCGGGGACCCGGGACGAGCUCCCAUCACGCGCUACGUGAUCGAGGCCAGACCUUCAGAUGAGGGAUUGUGGGAUAUCCUGAUCAAGGACAUUCCCAAGGAAGUGACAUCACACACGUUCAACAUGGACAUCCUGAAGCAAGGAGUCAGCUACGACUUCAGGGUCAUCGGAGUGAACGACUACGGCUACGGCUCCCCGAGUCUACCUUCUCCUUCUAUAUCUGCCCAAAAAGUGUCGCCUUUCUACGAGGAGUGGUGGUUCCUGGUCGUGGUGGCUUUGGUGGGGCUCAUCUUCAUCCUGCUGCUGGUUUUCAUCCUCAUUAUCAGAGGACAGAGCAAGAAGUACGCCAAGAAGUCGGAAUCAGGUAACAACUCCAACUGCAACGCUCUGACCCACGGAGACAUGGUCAGCCUGGACGAAGGACGCUUCCCCGCUCUGGAGCUGAACAACCGACGGCUGUCUGUGAAAAACUCUUUCUGCCGGAAGAACGGCGUCUACACCCGAUCUCCUCCUCGGCCCAGUCCGGGCAGUCUUCACUAUUCAGACGAGGACGUCAGCACAAAGUACAACGACCUGAUCCCUGCAGAGAGCAGCAGCUUGACCGAAAAACCAUCCGAAAUCUCCGACUCGCAGGAGGCGCUGGUGUUUUCAUAUGGGACAGGUGGCCUACAUACACUUCCACUGCAUUUGGGCAGCGACAGCGAGUACGAGGUGGACCCCAAUCGACAGAAGACCCACUCCUUCGUCAACCACUACAUAAGCGACCCCACUUACUAUAACUCCUGGCGGCGCCAACAGAAAGGCAUAUCCCGCGCGCAGGCCUACAGCUACACCGAGUCCGAGUCAGGCGACCCGGAUCACUGCGCCCCGCCACCGCUGCCCCCUCUACCUCCACUGCCACCCCAGCUCAGUUCACCCAGCCCCCAGCCUCAGCAAGCCCAGGGCCAGCCCCAGGGCCAAGGCAGCCUGUUCAGGCCCAAAGGUAGCCGGACUCCCACCCCCUCCCAGCAGAGCUCCGACCCCCCCAGCCAGCACAGCACCUUGUACAGGCCCCCCAGCAGCCUAGCUCCUGGCUCAAGGGCCCCAAUCGCUGGCUUCUCCUCCUUUGUGUGAAAAAAAAUGCUGAAAAGGACAUGAAAAUUUCUGAAAAUAUCUACCCAACUUAUGUUGAAGGAGAACAUAGCAACGCGCAGUCGGCUCAAUCAAGUCAUUAACAUCUUCGUUUCUUUCUUUACUUCAUUUCCGUGUUCUCUUUAGUCGGCCUGGAUACAUACGGAACAAGACUACGAAAGUUUUUGAUGCACUUUUUUUUUUUUAUUAUUGUUUAACGUGUGAAAGUGUGCCAGUGUAGAAUUUGAUUUCUCGCACCAGUUGAUAAGAUAUUCUCUGCGACGACAUCUAUUCACUUUUAUUUUGAUAUUUGCAUGGCUAUUUCCAACUUUGUUUUUGUUGUUGUUGCUUUUCUCUGAACACAUUCGCUCAUCUCUGAUUCUGUACAGGUCACAAGAAUCUUUGAACACACACACACACAUAUAAAUAUAUAUAUAUAUAUAUAUACAUAUAUAUAUAGUAGAUGUACCUAGAGGACAAAAUCAAGUCAAUGCAGAGUCUGCAUUGAGGGAGACUGAAAUAACAAUAUGAUGGAGCCAUAUUGUAGAAGUGAAAGGACAAGCGUUUGUUUGGACUGGAUGAACUGGAUGUAAAAACACACACACAAAAAAAAGAAAAGAAUAAAAGACAGAUGAGGAUGUGGAAUUCAUGCCAAAUCGAACAAAUUUUAACGUGUUGGCCGGGAGAGUUUUUUUUUUAAAAGCGGACGUUGGCGAAACAAUCAUGCCUUUCCCAUGGGAGCAGCUCUCUGGCCAAUAGCACACAAAAACACAUGGCGGGGUCAGAUGUCAAUGACUGUGCUGUGCCUGAAGGAUCCUUGCAGAUAUAUGAAAUGAGUGUAUAUCUGUUUAAAAGUGAAAGUGUUGAAGUCUUUUUUUGUGUGUGUGAGUGUGUUACAGUGGAUCAAAGAUGCCUUGACAGAGAAACACUUAUUUAUGAUAUCUGGCACCGGUUGUUCCGGAACUACUCACAAAAAGGUGCCCUUGACUUGCGGGCAUCGUAAACGGCUGGCCUCGUGCGACGAGAGCCUUCUUUUAAUCCUGACGGACGUGGGCUGUGAAUAAAUUUGCAUACACGACCCAUAUUUUUUCACCCCUUUUUGCUGGCUCACGUAUAUACACACACACACACACACACACACACACCAGUCUCGUUCUGCAUAUGUCUACUGAAAUGCUUUGAAAUCCAACUGAAGAGUGAAGUAGUCUGGGACGUUCACAUGUGGGCACAGCUGCUGGUUCUGCUUUAAAUGGUAACAGUGUGAUUUUGAAACAAAGAGUUGGGUUUUUUCCUGUUUCCGCCCCUGCUGGUAUAACUCUUCUCUGUCAUCGAACUCUAUCACGGGGCAGCGCUUGGGCCUGCGCCAAGACAUGAUGUCAUUGAAUUGCCUCACCUCUUCCCCCCCUCCUUUUGUGUAAUCAACCACUAUGUACUAUUCAGGUGUGACUGUACUGUCCCAAAUGCUAACGCCUGUGUGUGCGUGUGCCUGUGUGUGCGUGUGUGCAUGUGUAUGUGCGCGUGUGAUGACACUUCUUGUGCGUUAAGCUUUACGGAUCAUUCACUGUGCGUCUGGUUAUAAAGAGAUUGUCCCGCAGCAAACUGUAAAACCUGCCUGGAGUUAACGCCACAGAGGGGCUGGCACCGUCCGGCCGCCCUGCCAGGCGCACUCAUAACGCUAUAGUGAAGACUCAGUGGUGUGUUCCUAGUUUCCAUAGUUCCGAAAAAAGAAAAAAGGAAAAAAAAUGUCAUCUACUUUUUUGCUAUAUAUUUUUUUUUUCUCUUUCCUCUGUGGGGUGAUGUCAUUGUACGCAACAAAAAGCUUAUCAUGCAGAAUCUGAAUGAAUAUAUGAUCACAGUACAUUUCUGAAAUAAAUUAUUUUUGAAUGUUAGCUGUUCUUGGUGCUCAAUUGCAAACCGUGAAGGGGAGCCGGGUGAAAGAAACAUGAAUGCAGGGGGUGGAGAAAAUCAGAGUCAUAAGCGCUAAUGGGGAAAUUGAAAUCAUAUGAUUAUUGUAACCCAGUCUCAAAAUGCCACAACCCACAUGCUACACCAUGGUAGCCACUAUUCCCAUACAUCUAGCGAAGCCAUUUCCACUGCGAAACCUUCGCCUCGCCCGUGAACGCCGCUCCAUCACAGCGAAUAAAACGGCAUCAGCACGGGCCGCCGCACAGCAGUAGACUCCUGUUCGGUAAUGGAGAAAUGGAAGUUACCACUGCUCUGUAUCACAAAGUGCAAGUACUGCUUGGGAUAUAAUUAAACCAUGAUUCAACCCGAUCAUGUACAAUC